AGCCAUUUGACAUUUCUUUCGUGAACGAAUUUGACGUGCGUUAAUUUUGUUUUUAAACGUUUUUUCGUCGUUAUUCCUUAUAAUUUUUAUUGUUUUUUAACUUAAAAAAAAGAUUUUCAUAUUUAAUAAUAUAAUUAUUGGAGACAGUGCAUUAAAAACUACUUCGAACAACAAGUAUGUCUAACAACUACAAUAAAGAAACUCAGGAAGAACUUAAACGGAAAGUAAAAGCACUGCAAUCCAAAUGUCUUGACACUUGCAAUAUUAUAGAGAAUUUACCUUUAAACAGUCAUCUAAUAAACCCAGAUAAUGUGCAUGAAAAGUCGUUGUGUUAUGUCGAAGGACUCCGCACGGACAUUGAAAAUUCCAUUACUCCUCUAGUAACAGACGACAAUUUACUCACUGCACAAUUUCUAUGCGAAAUGACACAGAAAACCAGUGAAGUUGAAGAGUUAACAGCUUAUACGAAAGGUCUUAUUCAUGAUGUGGAUACAGAGAUUAUCAGAUUGAGUGAACUGAUAAAAACAACACAGGAAGCGAGGUCACAUUCCAGUGCACAGAAAAAUCAGGAGCUAUGUCCAGAACAUUUACAAAAGGCCAAAGAGAAGUUUCUAAUUAUGAAAAGUGAAAUCCAUGGACUGGUGCGGUCUCUGUUCCCGAAUCAUGCAGAAAUUAUGCUGGAAGUUAUGGCAGAACUGAUGUCAGAAAAACUAAAGGAAAACUCUAACAGCUAUAUUCCAAUAACGGCAGAGAACUAUAAAAUAAUCGAGUUAUUGAAGGACAUUAAUCUUGUAUCAACAAACCCGUACAAUAAUACUGAAGUUAAAAUUGCAUAUUGAUAUAUAUAUAAAAUAUUUAUAGUAUAAAAAUAAAUAACCAAAAUAAGACUGUGACAAUAACCUGAAGAUUUCUUAAUAUUGCCUUUAAAAAAAAUACGACGUUUAUAAAGAAUUGUAAUCAAAUAUUUUUGUAUAAUCGAAUACAAAAGUCUGUGAAAGAAACAUGAAUGAAUAUUAAUUAUGUUUUAAUAAAUCUUUCCAAAGUUUAA